CAACACCUUAACCGCAACGGUUGUUAAGCACCCAAUUCAAUUGCCAUAACAAAAGCGUUUGGCACUUAAAUCGCAAUAGCGAUCACAUCUACGUAACCACAAGCGAAUCAUUUUUUAGUUCUUUAAUUGAUUAAACAAAGAUACAGACGUGGACUAAAUUCUGUUGUAAAAUUGUUGGAAAUUAAUUAAAUACUAUUAAAGUGGUGUUAAUAAGUGGAAGACAGACGAAACGCAUAAAAUCCAAUGUCGAAACCGCAAACGAAAACGGCGCAACUGAGAAACGGUCUUAAAACAACAACAGGUGCUACAUCGAAGAAAAGUGCUGUAGGUAAUCCAACAAAAACUACGAGUGGGUCUACUAAAACAAAUACGCAAAUUAGAACAACGCCUAGUGCCGCAUCAACAGUUACGAAUCGAACUUUAGAAGAAAAGCCUAAGCUUAAAAUCAGCACUCAAGCACGAAAAGCUGAGCCUGAGGUCGCCACCAAAACCAGAACUCAGCGUGAUGUCACAAAGCCAAAAAAUACCCCACCAACUAAAACAUUAACGACCUCCCGAGCCGUACCAAAAAUAACUAGCAGGAUAAAUGUACCAUCGACAAAGAAACGUAUUGCAGCAACAACAGUUAAGAGUAGCGUUAAUGAGCAGCCUAUGCGCGCCAAACAUAACCUCGACAUUGCUGAUACAGUUAAGAAAAGACAGUCCACUGCAAUCAAACCCAAUGCCGUACUCGAUACUUUUCAUAAUGUAACGGUAGCCUCACCACCGCCACGUCGCAAAGAAAUUACCACAGAGCCAAUUAAUGAGAGCAUUGUGCCGAUCGAGAAUGAUGAGCAACCAAAACGUGUGCGCACACAUUCGUUGAAGGAUGAAGAAAUUAUCGUAUUGCGUACCGAUUCGGCCAAGCAAAGAAUUGAGCAAGAAAUACUAGCGGACGGUGCUACUUCUUUCAUUACAAUUGGCCAAGAACCGGUUACGCCCGAAAUAGUUGUAGAUGAAGUGAUAAGACAGAAAUCUAUCGUCAAAGAUCCGGUAGCUUUUGAGGUAGCCUUCGGCGAACCAUUGAAAAGCAAAUCCAGAGCAAAGUCCCGAGAAGCGUCAGAAACUCGAAUUGCUGAAAAUCGUAAUGACAUGCAGUCGGGUGACGGGUUGAAAGACACUAUUACGGAUAGCUACUCAGAUGACUUUGAAUCUUACGAAUCGGACUUUGAAACCGGGUCAUCAACUCAAAAUGGUUCGAUUGGGAAUACUGAGAGUGGUUCGUCUACACAUAGCGAAGAUGAAGACAACAGCAAAAGUAUACUUUCUCUAUCUUCUGAGGAGGAAAAUACUAAAAGCAGGGAAGAAAUACACAUUAAUAAUAGUGAUGACGAGGAAGAAUCUGAAUUGACGCAGUAUCCCGUCACAGUCAUUCAACGUGAUAAGGAAUUCGAGCGAAAGCUGGACUCAGGAAACUAUGAAAUGAAUUCGCGAAAGCAUCUAAAACUGUCUGAGAUUACCACGCAAACGAAUGAAAGGUAUUUUGACAGCAUGGACACCUCGUACAGCGUAGCUUCAACAGACCAACUAGACUCAGGCAUCAGCGGCUAUACUAUUAAUAAUAGUAAUACUCAAGCCGAAGUGGACAAAUUCGGAGGAAUUGUGUGCUCUUAUGGAGGUUACGCUGAUUUUAAUACCCGCCCCAUUCGAAGCAAACGAGGCACAGAACUAAUGACCAAAAUCCGAUUCGACACUUUGACAUUCUCGCUAUUCGAUCUUAAACCCAUCAGUUACGACAUUUAUAUGCAAACCUACGGUACGCUGAACACCACGCAGUGCUCAACACAGACUAAUGACAAUCGCAUGUCGACCGAAUGUCAGACGGAUAAUUAUGAUAGGCGCACCAUGUGGACACAGCAUCCCCCGAAAUACGACUUGCAAACGAUACAAAAACUUGGAGCUGGCCUGAAUGGAACUAUGGCAAUACAAAAUUGCUGCGGCGAGUCUCCGAUGGAAGAAGGCAACGCGGUGCAUGUUUUAAACGCUGAUAUCUAUGAUGACAGCUUACAGCAGCUCAGUGUUUUUCGGCAAAGUAUUAAGAAUCGCGUCGUUGGCGAACAGUUGAAAAGUCUGCAUAAGCCAGUGGAUUUCGAGCGAUUAAACUCGUUUCUGCUCCGUAGUUCUAGCGUUAUAUCGAAAGUACUGAAUUCCGUUCAACCAGAUACUAGACAACAGGAACGUCUUACGAAACUCGGGCUGAACCAAAGUAGCCUGCAAGCAAUCAGCAAAGGCUAUAUCCGCUUGGAUACGAAAUUUUUGAAUGCUUUGCAUGUGGUGCGCGUAUUUGCUAACGCUAGACAUGACGUCAUCAUAACGGUGCAUGCGAGUCGACCAGAUGCGGAAGUGUAUCGCAGCGAUUUUUCUAACCUCCUUAUGGUGUGGUCCACCAGCGAAUGCUCACAACCAAUGCGACUGCUCUCUACCUGGAGCGAGGUUUGCCGCGCGGAGAUCUGUUAUGAUUGUCCGGAUAUUGUGGUUUGCGGACUGCACGACGGCAGCAUCGCAAUGUGGGAUCUGCGUGAAACAUAUUCCUUCUGCUCGAAAUUGGAUGGAUAUCUAACACACUUUGCUGCCACGCAAUCAGUAGUACCCAGAUGGUGCGCUAGCUCCAACCAGCCGCACCGCAUAAUAGACCUUGGUGCUGUUGUAGAUAUUAGGAGCUUUCGAACUCCUCCAAAAGCGGUGGCACUAGGAACGUAUAGGUCCAUACAGUUCGCUGCGCUUAACGAUACUGGUAUUAUGUCUAUUUGGACACUCGUGGAAAUGAGUGUGAAGCAUUGUGAAUUCGAUACACCGAAAACAUCCAAUACCCAGCAUCGUCGGAAAUGCAGCUCAUCUCCAGUGUCAAAUUCUCGCUUCGAGUACAGUUCGCCUUGGGCGCGCGUCAAACUAAUUCAGAGUGCUAUCUGCGAUCUACGUGACUAUUUGGAAAGUGGGUUGCGACGUACACAAACCCAAUUCCAAACGACAAAAUCACUAUUCGAAAAAGAAAUUUACAGUGAUGAGGUUUUACGCGAGCUGAAUGAAACCAAAAUGGCUCUGAAUCAAAGCCAGCCACUGCAGGGGUUGCGCUUCACUAGCAUUGAUACCGGCAGCGAGCGCAUUUAUGUUUGUACUAAUCGCAAUUUUGUGCUGACCUGUUCGAAGAGUCUAAAAUCGGAACGCUUUAGCAAAAUAAACAUCAAUGAAGGUGGGUUUCUAUUCCCGACCGCCUUGAAAGUGCUUACCAACGACAAUUUUCUGGCAGUUGGUUUAUCUAAUGGAUCAGUGAUGAUAGUCAAUUGUAAUCAGCAAGCAUUGGCACAUCAACGCAAUGGGGAUGCCAGGCUCUUAGAAACCACGAUCUCGUGUGAGGACGUAAAUCAUGUAAUCAAAACACCCCACACGCCUGACAUCGAUCCGGACACUGGCAAAUCAUGCGCCAUACAAAACAUUAUAUUAAAUGAAAGGCGGCUGCUCGGAAAUGGUGGGAACCCCUACACACCCGAAUACGACACGCGACCAUCUACAGCCGCCUGUAUUGCGUUGAUCAGCAAUCAAAAGCGUCCGUUUGAGUUGCGCGUAUACGACCGGCAGCUAAUAAUCAGCGGAUCGGCACUGCGAAAGGAUUUGGUGCAAUCGCUGGAAAUAUCGAGUGAUGGUUGGCGACUUUUUGCGCUCGUAAAUGGCCAAUUGCGGGCAUACGACUUUUAUUUGGAUCGUGAAAUUGUAGACGAGCGAAUGAGUGAAAAAGAAAAGCGGAUUGUAGAUAUAGCGGUAGCCAAAAGUUCCCAAAACGAAAAUCAUCUGAUCACAUUAGAUCAAGAAAAUGACGUAGAAGUGCACUUAUUAAAGCAGUAAGCAAAAAAAGAAGCAAUUGAAAUAAAUCACUUUCUUGCAAAAUUGGCAAAACGUUA